AUGACAACCUCAGUAGCUUCAAAGCGACUGUUUCAAGAAUACAAGCACCUUACCCAGGAUCCACCAGAUGGCAUCACCGCUGGCCCAGUCGAAGAAGACGAUCUCUUCGUUUGGGAAGCCUUGAUCGAAGGACCUGAAGGCACUCCGUACGAAGGUGGCAUCUUUCCCGCCGAGCUCAAAUUUCCCAAGGACUACCCACUCAUGCCGCCGACCAUGAAGUUUCUAUGCGACAUCUGGCACCCCAAUGUUUAUCCCAACGGUGUUGUCUGCAUAUCCAUCCUUCAUCCUCCCGGCGACGAUCCAAACCACUACGAACACGCCUCUGAACGCUGGUCCCCCAUCCAGAGUGUGGAGAAGAUCUUGAUCAGUGUCAUGAGCAUGCUAGCAGAGCCCAACGACGAGUCCCCUGCCAAUGUCGACGCUGCGAGAAUGUGGAGAGAAAGAAGAGCCGAGUUUGAGAAGAAGGUCAGACAGGAUGUCAGAAGGUCAUUGGGUCUUUGA